ACGUGUAAACUAUACGCAAGCCCCGCCCACCCGUAAGCCUUACCCAUUGGGAAGAGCCUUGCGGAUUUAGUGCAUGGAUGCCGGCUCCAUGAGCUCAGGUACCCAGCGGGAGAGGCACCAUGAGGACAGGUUGUCACAGCGGGGCAAUGCCCGGCCUCCUCUUACUGCUGGUGUUGGGGACGCGAGCUGGCAGAGGGCCAACACUGCCUCUCUCAGGCUGUGAAGAGGGCCAGUUCCAGUGCAGGAACCAACGCUGUAUACCCACUGUGUGGAGAUGUGAUGAAGAUGAUGACUGUGCUGAUAACAGCGAUGAGGAUGACUGUCCUAAAACAACUUGUGGAGAAGAUGAGUUUACCUGUAACAGUGGUCACUGCAUCUCUGCACGUUGGAAAUGUGAUGGGGAGGAGGAGUGUCCUGACAAAAGUGAUGAGUCUGAGGCCACUUGCAGUAGUGCAAAACAGGUAUGUGCUGCACAGAAGUUCAGCUGUGGGGGACCAAGCAAUAAGUGUAUCCCAGUAUCCUGGAGAUGUGAUGGAGAACAAGACUGUGAAAAUGGACUAGAUGAGAAGGACUGUCCAACUGGCUGCACCCCCGGUGAAUUUCAGUGCAACAACAAAACCUGCCUGUCUAGUGUAUUUGUAUGUGACGGUGUUAAUAACUGUGGUGAUGGCAGUGAUGAAAGGGGAUGCCUGCCCUUCACCUGCAAAGCAGGGGAGUUUCGCUGUGGGGAUAACGAAUGUAUCGUUGAGAAAUGGGUGUGUGACGGGCAGUCGGACUGUCAUGAUCAGUCAGAUGAGUCUGAGGCUCACUGUGGCCUAAAAAACCAACCACAGGCUAUUACACAAUGUGGGGAACAUGAAUUCCGCUGCAACAAUGGCAAUUGUAUCCACCUAAACUGGAGGUGUGAUGGGGAUGAAGACUGCAAAGACAAAUCUGACGAGAUGAAUUGCUACUUGGUAACAUGCCGUCCUGAUGAGUUCCAGUGCGGAGAUGGAUCGUGUGUCCAUGGCAUGAAGCAAUGUAAUGGGGUCCAUGAUUGUCUUGACAGCAGUGACGAGGCAGGCUGUCAGAGUGCUCACUCUCCCUGUGAAGGGGAUGGAAGGUUCCAGUGUAAAAGCGGCGAAUGUAUUGAUAGCACCAAAGUGUGUGACAGUCACAGAGACUGUCGGGAUUGGUCUGAUGAGUCCCUGACUGCAUGUGAUAUCAAUGAGUGUCUGGUUAAUAAUGGGGGCUGCUCUCACAUCUGCCAGGACCUAAACGUGGGCUAUGAAUGUGACUGCCCUGUGGGUUAUAAACUGAUGGACAAGAAAACCUGUGGAGACAUUGACGAAUGUGAAAAUCCUGAUGCCUGUAGCCAGAUUUGUGUUAAUUACAAAGGCGAUUUUAAGUGUGAAUGUUUUGAAGGAUAUGAAAUGGAUAGUGUGUCUAAAACCUGCAAGGCUGUGGGCCAGAAUCCUUAUCUUAUCUUCACAAAUCGUCAUGAGCUCCGUCAGAUUGACAUUGUACACCGGGACUAUUCUCGCCUUGCAGCACAGCUAAAAAAUGUGGUCUCUUUAGAUGUGGAGGUUACAAGCAGAAUGAUCUACUGGUGUGAUCUUUACUACCGCAGGAUCUACAGUGCUCCCUUGGACAGAGCUGCCGACCCAACAGAACAUGUGGUAAUAAUUAACACCAAUCUGCACUCCCCCGAGGGCUUAGCCGUUGACUGGAUUCAUAAGAACAUUUACUGGACUGAUUCUGGCAACAAAACUAUUUCUGUGGCAACAGCUGAUGGCUGCAAGCGGAAAACACUUUUUAGGAAUGGCCUUGGAGAACUGAGAGCCAUUGCAGUGGAUCCAACACAGGGGUUCAUGUUCUGGUCGGAUUGGGGGGACCCUGCAAAGAUAGAAAAGGCCGGACUGAAUGGAGGGGACCGACAGGUGCUGGUAUCUGAUAGUAUUGAGUGGCCCAAUGGAAUUACAAUUGAUGUACUUGGCUGCCGGCUGUACUGGGUGGACUCCAAGCUUCAUACUUUGUCUAGUGUGGACUUCAAUGGCUUCAACAGAAAGCUUCUGAUAUCUUCAGAGGACAGUCUGAGUCAUCCAUUUGGUCUUGCAGUAUUUGAGGACAAAAUUUUUUGGACCGAUUUAGAGAAUGAAGCAAUCUUCAGUGCAAACAGACUAACUGGACGUGAGAUUUCCAUCCUUGCCGACAGCCUGAGUAAUCCACAUGAUAUUGUGGUGGUUCAUCAGCUCAAACAACCCAAAGCUGUAAAUGCUUGCAACCAGGGUCCUCUCCCAAAUGGUGGUUGUGAGUAUCUGUGCCUUGCGGCUCCCCAAAUCUCUGCUCACUCACCAAAAUACACUUGUGCCUGUCCAGAUGGCAUUGAGCUGGGGCCAGACAUGAGAAGUUGUGAAAAAGUCACUGUUGCAACUGCCAUUCACCAACAGGUUCCAGAACCCAGUACAACAGCCGAGACGACCACUGCUGUACUUUUCACCUCAACUUACACCACUACUACUACUGCUGCUGCUGCUGCUACUGAAAUAUCACUAAACUAUUCCAGUGUGACCAACAUUCACCAAACUUCCUCUUCAUCCAGGGACAUAGACUCCAAGAACAAAAGCACAGGAAACAGCAGCUUGUCUCUGCACUAUGGAAACUCAAAUUCUGACCUUAGUUCUACAUUGACUGCGGCAGUGAUUGGAGUUGCUGUUCCUCUUGCUGUACUUGCCCUUCUGUGUCUUUUGGGAUAUCUUAUCUGGAGAAACUGGAAACGAAAGAACACAAAGAGUAUGAACUUUGAUAACCCUGUAUACCGUAAAACCACAGAAGACGAGGAGGAGGAAGAAGAAGAGAUCCACAUUGGAAGAACAGCACAAAUUGGGCAUGUUUAUCCAGCGAGAGUUGCAUUAAGCCUUGAAGAUGAUGGUUUACCUUGAAGACCGAGGAUGCCCCACUACUCCUUCUUUUUCAUAUUCUGCUCUUAAAUAGCUGUUUCUGAUGCUGUGUAACAAAAACAUUGUGACACCAUGGUGCAAGCAGUAAAUGAGUACAUGGAACCUAUUUGGACUUGCCUAGAUCAUGCAAUAUAUACUGUGAGGAAUGUCAGUGGAUCCUGUGAGGCUGGUGCUGUGUUAUGCGCAGCACUGAAACUAAUCCUCUCUGUCAUUUAGGAACAUGACAGUUUUUUUCUUAUUUAUUCUGGUGAUGGGAAACCACAAAUAUAUCAUUUUCCAGACAUCCGAAGGAUGUGAGGGUUUCUAUGUAUAAUCUUUUAUACAGAUUUUUACUUGAUUCAGGACGAGGUACUACUUGAUCUCUGUAUAUAAAAGCCUAUCAGGGCAACAUACCAUUUUAAGAUAUAUUUAUAGAUAAUUUUGUACAUACCUUAACAACACUUUGUGGUUCUCCCAAAACAUUUAAAUUAAUACUGAAACAUAGACUUUUGUAGUAUAUUUAUUAACCUAGAGCUCAAUGACUUGGUGUGAGGGUGGGUGAAGGCUUGUGUUCUGUAAAUAUGGAUCAGAGUAUUUAUUUUUUCUGUAUGUUUUGAAUUUCUAUGUUUGGCUUAGUGCCCCGGAACAGAGUAUUUGCCAGCCUGGCCCCUUUCAGAUGGAAAUUUUUUUUCUAUCUAAGUAUUUUAUAAGUUUUCAUAACUAGGACAUCAUCCGUACAUAUAAACAUGUUUUAGGAAUUUAGUAUAGAAAAAUGAUUCACAACACAUUGCAGUCAGUUGUGCAACAAGACCUAUGUAAAGAAUUCUGUUGGUUUCUACUAGAAUAUGUUGAGUCUCUUCACACUAUGCAAUUCAUAGUUUGAUUGCAAUUAACUUGAAUGGGUGUCUGUAAUACAUAUUAAUUGGUCUUUUUUGCUUUUAACUCAAAGGAGAACCUAUCACCUAAAAUGUAGUGUCUUAGGAGUGAUUGAGGCCUACAUAAAAAAUGCACUUCAAGCUUAACCUACAACUAUUGAAACUCUACUUACAAAGUAUUAUAGGGAAGUAUUACAAAGUAUUAUAAGGGAAUAGCUUACUGUGUGCACAAAAUAUUCCUUCUUCUGAAUAUUUAUACUUAUACAUUUGAGUGGGUGACUAUAUUGCCUGUUUUCAUUAAAGUGAGUUUGGCUUUUCAAGCAAGAGCACCCAUUUUAUUGUUGUCUAUGGGUGUCUUCAGACUUCUAUACAGAUACUAAAAAGAAUGUUUCAUGCACAUGGUAAGGAAAGUUAUCAGUCUUUACUUUCUUUUUAUGGGAAAAGUAACAGCAGCUCACUCACUGGUAUAAAAAUGUAAAAGUACCAUGGGUUUAUUUCAGUAUUUUUUUGAGAAACCAAGACAAACCCUGAAGAAUUGCCUCUGUGGCUCAGUUGAAUUGUUUUAAAUACUAAUACUGAUGUCCUUGAUUUGGGAAGGGUUGUUUUUUUUCUUUGUAACUUUAUAAUGCCAUACAAGUGGUGUUAGCCAUAGGGGUGAUCUGGAAAAAGGAGGUUAUAAUUAUUUUAUUAAUUAAUAUCAUUUAUUGGCCUAUGUUAACUACAACUAUAUGUUGCCACUAAAGAGUACCAUAACCAUAAUUCUUUUUGCUAAACUGUGCUUUGUACAUGAGAUGGACCUAUACUGGCAUAGUUUUAUGCUACCUCUCUGUACAUGCUAUAAAAUAAAAAAAGAAAGCUAUGCUGUUGGGUAUUCCACAUUCUUUUUUAACUCCUUGUAUGAGGACUAGACAAAUAUAAGGGGAAGAUACAAACUUUAUGCGGGAACCUGUUGGCCUUUAUGUGGCCUGUAAAGGGCACCUGUUGGGCUAAAAUGUUAUCCCCAGCCAAAGGUGAGGGCUAAUAGAGCCCGCACUCCAGUUGGGGCUAACAGUAGUUUUUUGUUGUUUUUUUUGUUCAAAAAAUUGCCCCCCGCCAGCGCUAGGACACUUUCUCCUGUAGGGAGCUCCCGGAGCGAGCUGCCAUGUUAGUCAAGGGGCAUGCGCUUUCAUUUCUCAUGUGGUCGUGUGAGUGUUUAUUGUUUUAUUUUGAUGUUUAUGCAUUAAUUACGGUGCAGUUUGGUUGGCAUCCAAACAAAUACCUUCAUAUUGGAAAUUGUACCUUUUUAACAAAUGUUAGUUUUUAUUUCAUAAGUCUUCUUUUACUUAAACACUGUAUUGGUUAUAGUUUAGACUGUUAGAAACUGGGGAAUGAGAAUGGAGAUGUAACAUGGAUGCAUACAGUACCACUAUUUUUUAAAAUGAUAUUUUUUAUAUAUUUUUUGCCAUUCUGAUGUGGUGCUGACUUCUACCUUCUCACAUUCUUCAGAGACAUUGGGCUUUGUAAGUUUUUCCAUCAGCAGCCAUUUGCCCAGCUGUCAGUGGCUGGUAAUAGAUGAAGAUGGAUGUAAGUUCUAUAAUACCAUUGAGCCGCACCCCUGCUGUUGAGUAAUAAAUACUCCUUUAUGAGGAGACUAAUUUAAAGCCAUAGCCGCUUUUACUGGCAUAAAGUUGCAGACACAUCACUCUCUAGAAUGAAGGAUUUACUGCUGCAUUCUAAAAGGAUUUUUUUUAGUGUAGAAUGAAAGAGGUUACCUUUGCAAUUUACCUCUUUCAGUAUUUAUAUAUUUAAAUGUAAUAAUUUUCUUAUUAUUUUGAACAAGAAUCUUCAUCCAUUCAAACAUCAGAAUUUAACCCUUUGAUGCUAGAGGGCUUCUUGUGCAAAGCCACUCAGACUUUAUAAGGGUUUUGGUACAAACAGCACAAUAUUAUUACUGUACACUGGCAUGUGUGUGUAUAUCUUUGUGGGUUUAUGUUGGAAUAUAUGAAUAGUGUACACAUACAUUAAUUGUGUUUAACAUUCUUAUUCAUGUGCAUACACAUAUACUCUGACUAAAUACAUGUAUAUAGGCGAGUGGAUGCUUUGCAGGCUGGCCUGGCAUUGUACAAGGGCACUUUAUACUCUUCUAACCAACAUAGGUACACUCAACCAAAGCUGUUCAUAUUUUUUAAAUAAUGGUUGAAUUGUUGGGUUCCGUCAUUUUUAUAAUAUUGGAUUCCUUCUUACUCUUUAUGGAUGUCUCUCUACAUUUAGAUUAAGGACACUGAGAUAAUUUCAGUCUUUCAGAAUCUCACUUGUUACAGGAAAAAUACAUUUAAAGGACCCGCACCUGUAGAAGAGUGCAGCGGAGCUCAUAGGCUCCAUCUUCAUCGCUUUGGUAUCCUUUGUGAAGUGAGCGGCAUGCAUGCACAGUUUAGGCAAUCUUCCAGUUCAUUACAACUGUGCAUGUUCCGAAAGAGACGGAAAUUGCCAAAGGUGAGAUAGAAGACCCGAGGAUUACCGAACCUCCGGAAGAUGGCGUCUGUGAGUUCAGAUGAGCUCUUCUGCAGGUGCGGGACAAUAUUCCUAGAGGGGACACAUAAUCUGCUGUAGCAUUGUGCAGGUGGGAGGCAGGGAGGGGGGCCAGUUGGGACUUUUGCCUAAAGUGGGGUUUAGUUCUCCUUCAAAGAGAAGUUAGAUGUGAAAAUCUAUUUUGGUGAGACUAGCUGGUAAAUCGGCCUCCUUGUACCCAUUGCAGGUCAUGUCAGCCCACAUCUCAGGUGUGAAUGCUUUUCAAGGUUGAUAGGUGUCUUUUAACUUAGUAAUGCUCAAUUUGUUUAUGUAACAUUUACAGUGAGCUGUGGCCUGAGGUAGGGGAUGAAUGCUAGCUCUUCUUUUGUAAAUACAUACUGUACAAUGUCUUAACCCUCAUUUUUUACAAUGACCCGUUUCUACUUAGACAAGAAAAUAAAACUUUUUUUUAUUCUGCA